AUGAAGCAACACCUCACGCUCCUCAUCGUUGCGGCAGCACUCACGGAAUGUCGGCGGACCUUUGGCGGACCGAAUGGCUCAAUCCAAGCCCUCCACAACACCCUCGACGUUGCAAAACACCUCAUCUUCUCCCACGAUCUUGCAAAGCGCCAAUGCCGCGGUAAUUGCGUAACAUGCUUUGGCCCAGGAUAUCAGUUCUGCCCUGGUUCGGGAAUGGACUGCUACCUACCUGGAGACGAAGACUACGGUAUCGAGAUGUGCAGCAACUCCGAGGAUGGCUCGAGCGACACGCCUUCUUGCGCCAGUCAAUAUGGCCCGCAGUACACUGAGUGCCCUGACGGCGUUUCAUGUCACGAUGUGAGCUCGAGUAGCUCGGCUGCUUGCUUUCGCGAUGAUUCUGCUGUGGAAGGCUGCUCUGGAGCGAGGGAAGCUGGUUGCGGUGAUGAGCUGCACGGUUGUGAUGUUGCGGGUGACUCCUAA